GUGACUCGUUAAUAAAUAUCACCUGAUUUACAUCGAUUACAACGUUCGAUUUUUGCGCUGUUUUUCUCUCUCGCGUAAUAUCGUGAAAUUCGAUGCGGCCUCAAUGACGUGUCUUAACUUUUCAAUAGGUGUUCCCGAUAUCGAAAGGAAGUUCUUUAUCUUUACCUUUCGCGUGAUAUCGAACUUUGCUACAUCGAUUGACACACGAGUCGAACGGCAUGAUUUCAAUAAACGAAUGCGGCACGGCAUGGACACGAUACGUAGAUUUAAUAAUGCGGCUAUAGCGGUAAAGGAAUUGGCUGCGCAGCCAGAAGACGAAGAUUUACUCGAGUUGUACGCAUUGUACAAGCAAUCCACUGUUGGCGAUUGUAAUACAGAGAGACCGGGUAUGUUGGAUUUCAAAGGAAAGGCGAAAUGGGACGCUUGGAAUGGUAAAAAAAGCAUGGAACAAGAAACGGCGAAAGAAGAAUACAUUGCUAAAGUGGAGGCACUAAUCGCUUCAAUCGGAAAGAAGUAGUUGAUUCAUUGUUACGUUUACACGCGCACAUAAAGAUUUGCGCGUGAUCUUAUUUGAACGCAUUUCUAUUAAAACUUUUUCACCAUCGAUGAGAAGCACUCGGAAUAUUAUGUAAUACGCGUGUGCAAUUAUAUUUGUGCAAUGUAUAUUUGUAUAGAUUGUAUAGAUAGGAAUGCACUUUUUUUGGUUACUCGUUUGUGUGAAUUUUGUAUCCAAUGAUUUAUUAGAAUCAGCAUAAAACUACUUGUCGCAUA